CUCAAAGUCCAACCCUACGUCCUCGUCGUGAGAGGUGGAAACAGGUAAUGCUGGCUAACAGGGCUCUGGUGAAGCUGCAUAGGCUAAUCCCCCGUGCAGUGGAUGUAACGGAUUACAGAAUCAUUGAUCAAUUUCAACUUAACCAUCGACUUGGGGAAUAGGGGGUCGUCACACAGACAGCAUAUGACGCAGCGUAGGGAAAGCCGUCAGGAUCCUACACAGCCGAUUGCUCUUCUUUCUCCUAAGUCAGCAUCCCUAUUAGGCACGUGGAACGUGAGAACUAUGUUCCAACCAGGCCGUGCUACCAUCAUAGCGCAUGAGAUGAAGAGGUACAAGUUAUCAAUCCUCGGACUGAGCGAGACACGCUGGACCUCAUCAGGAGAGAUGAAACUGGCAGAUGGCACAACUAUCAUAUAUUCAGGCCAUCAGGACGACGGAGCACCACACACUGAGGGUGUCGCAUUCAUGUUAACAUCAGAAUCUCGUAGAGCCAUGAUCUCAUGGGAACCUAUAAAUUCUAGAAUUAUCACUGCCAGGUUCAGGACCAAACAUAAGAAGAUAACCGCACAUAUUAUCCAGUGCUAUGCUCCCACAAAUGAUUCAACUGAGGAGGACAAGGAUGAUUUCUAUGGUGUGCUUACUGAAAUAGUUGACAAAGCGAAGGAAGGAGAUAUUGUAAUGAUAAUGGGUGACUUUAACGCAAAGAUAGGAGAGAAUAACAGAGGAUACGAGCAGAUUAUGGGUAAACAUGGUCUGGGGACAAUAAAUGAAAAUGGUGAACGUUUCGCAGACUUCUGCGCAGACUGCAACCUUGUCAUCGAAGGAAGCUUGUUCCCGCACAAAACAGCACACAAGGCAACAUGGGUAUCGCCUGACCAUGUAACAGAAAAUCAAAUAGACCAUAUAUGCAUCUCACAGAAGUUCAGGCGAUCUUUAGUGGAUACACGCGUCAAGAGAGGUGCAGACGCUGCAACAGACCAUCACCUCCUAGUUGCCAGAGUCAGAUUAAAGCUGAAGCGUAACUAUCAACCACGAAAUCCAAGGAUAAAGUACAAUGUGCACUACCUCAUGGAUAGUGAUACAGUACAGAGCUUCCGGUUGUCGUUGUCUAACAGAUUUCAGCCCCUACAAGAUCUGAAUAUAGAGGAUGAAUGGAGUGACAUCAAAGAGAGUAUUAACAGAACAUGUGUAGAAGUAUUAGGGACUAAGACAGCUGAGCACAAGGAAUGGAUUACACCAGGAACCAUGGGGUCUAUCAGCAAAAGAAAACAUCUGAAGGAAGAGUACAACAGAAGCAGGACAAGGAGAGAAAAGGCAGAGGCACACAAGAGGUAUGAGGCAGCAAACAGUGAAGUAAAGCGUAAGAUCAAACAAGAUAAAAGGGAAUAUUAUGAUACCCUAGCGACGAAGGCAGAAGAGGCUGCAGCACAUGGCAAUAUGAAGGACCUUUAUGAUACCCCCCAGGAAGUUGGCGGGUAAAUUUCAACAGACUAGCAGCCAAGUAAAGG